AGUUCAUGAGUGUCAGAGCAGCCAGCAGCCAUGUCCCGACCCGGUGUGUUUGGUGCGCGGAGAGCGGAGAGGAUAAACAGGUUAACCAGGGGAAUGGACUGGAGCGUGAUAAGGUUAGUACACAAGUAUGGAUCGUGUGCACACCUGAUCCCAGACACGCUGCUAUUGGCAACCGACAUUAUGAACAACCAGUCUGCAGGGCAGCAAGGGUAUUGUACUGCGAGUGAGGUGAGAAACGUUGUCCGCUGGCUGGUGACUGAACCACUCGCGGCGGCCCUGCAGGAUGUUAAUGACGCCGCCGCCGCCCGGUGUCGGCACUGCCAGCCCAACCAGCCCCUCGGGAUAGCCUCCAUCAAUGGAUCGGGCAGCAGUGCCGAGGGCCUGGAUGACGGCGUCGUCGGCCGGGGAGGGACGUCAGACUUCGAUCAUAUGUUCGAGUUUGACGGUCCCUUCCGCUGGGCGGCGGUGGGGAAGAGAGAGGAGCCGGCCGUUAUUAGCCCAAAGUGUGCACCACAGCUGUGGGCCCGGCCGACCAAAAACCCUGGCUUUGUGACUCUGCACUGGGUCAGAACGAAAGCGUGCUGUCAUGAUCAGCCGCUGGAGGCCAUGCCGGCUGAUUCUAUUCGUCGGCUCAUGCGGGACAUGUGUAAAGUAAUGGGAGGCAAGAUCGACACUGCCGGCCCGGCCGUCAACGUCAAAAGUACAACCGAUGUUACAGACGGCGGCACUGACUACGUGCCCUGUAUCCUCGUGCGCGGGUGGUGGCCGGCAGAAGGACAGCUCGACGGAUGUCACCUGGAGGCCGACUUUCCACCAGCGGCGGCGAGGGAUGACAUCCAUCGAUACGGGGUACACCUUGUGCCGACCGGCCGGCCCGGCAGUGACACCGAGCUUAUCGAGUUUCGGAUUUCCUACUCACGGGCGGAGAUAGUCGCCGUUCGCCACCUCGCUCCAGUGAUACGAGCGGCUAUCGUGGCUGUAAAAGCCAUGAAAAGUUUACUGAAAAAGAAGGAGGUGGUGGAUGAGGAUGUACCAUUGAAGUCAUACUAUAUAAAGUCGGCCGGACUUUGGCUAGCCCAAAUCACGCCCGUUGAUAUGUGGACGGGCGUAACUGACGGUGUUCACAAAAUACUGGACUGGCUGGAGGCAAACCUCGCCGCUGGAAGAUUGCCUUGCUUUUUCGAUCACACUAUCGAUGUGGCCGCUACACUCAGCACAGACCAGCGACUGGCUAUCAUCGAAACACUAAGGCUGAUGAGGGAGCAUGCUACGGUCCUUCUGAUGGCAAGCUGUGUGGGUCAGCGGAACGUGGAUCCGCUGCUGGAGGGCGGUACGGGGCCGCCCUCAGAGCGGGAGCUGCGGCUCCGUCUCGGACGGACGCUGGUACUGCAUGCUAUACUUGACGGUGUCGGUUACCGUCCUGGAGCACCGUGCUGGGAGAGCUGGUGGAAGGAGAACAUCCCUCCGCUGGUUCGCACAGCACCACUUCUACUACAGUGGUGGCACUACAGCACCUCAGGAAAAUAUCGGCAGCAGUGCUGCCUAUUCAUGGCAUGGACCGUAGUCGACCCGGCAGACCUGGUGCCAGGAGAGCCGAUGACGUCACCGGCCAGCGACAUCGUCACGCAGGACGUAACGCCCCUGAUACAGCUCCUCACCAGGUCUAACCUGGAGUUCCUGCUGGGUGACCCGGACAGGGUGGCCACUUGGUGUAGUCAACAGCUGCGGCGGCCACUGGAGGAGCGGCCGGCCGGACUGACCGCCGAGCUGGACACGCCGCGGGGCCGUGCCGAGCUGCUGCUGCGUCCCGAGCUGCUGCUGCAGGCUGUGCGAGUGAACGCACCGGGUAAGAUGAGCUGGUGGCGGAAUAUAGACCAGGCAGUGAAGAACAGAUGGAUGAGUAACUACCGACCAAUGGCUACCUACCAGGAGACCCGAGAGAAGCUGGAGCUGUUCUUCAACCACAACCUUCACAAGCAGAUCCAGUACCGACUGCCAGAGAUGGACGCCGCGUCUGUGGACGCCACGGCCGGCCUCUGGCGCCGCCGGCUGCAGCAGCUGCUGUCCGGUGACCGGCUGCGUACGGCUUAUGACGCCGUCACCGGCUGGUGGCCGGACCGAUGGGAGAUGAUGCCGUACUAUGUGGCGGUGGAAGAGACCGACUCAGAAGACUCGGAGCGGGAUGACGACGGCGGAGAGGCCGGUGGCCAGCAGCGGCGUGACGGAGACGAGGAGCAGACAUCGGAAGGUCUGCCUCGAACUCAGCGAGAGAAAUGGCAGCAGCUGGAGCGACAGCACCAGCAGCUGUGGCAGGAGCUCGAGCCGCGGGGCUACGGGGAGAAGAGGAGUCUGAACGAGCAGCAUGAUAAAGAGUGCCAGCGUCUGGAGCAGCAUCAUGAUGAGAUGUGGUGGCAAAUGAAAACGCGGCACCAUGAGGAGCGAAAAAGGCUUCAUAAGCUACACGACAGUGCUGUCAGAUGCGUGGAACUUCAGACUGAGGGACAGUUGCAGCUCCUUGUAGAGAAACGUCAAAGGCAGACUGAGUUGCUGAAUCGGAGGAAACGUAGGCAAUGUGCAGUGCUGGAGCGAAAGCACCAAAGCGAGUGGGACGACCAGCAGCAGGAGUUCCAGAAGCAGUGGAACAAAAUGAAGCAGAGGCACCGACGAGAAACACAAGAGUUGGAGGAGAGAUUCCCGAACAUCCGGACAGGGGAGGAGUUGGAUCGGCUGAUGGAGGAGUGCAGCAGGAGGCGUCAGCGGCUGGGAAAGGAGCUGGAGAAGGAGCUAGAGAAUGAAGAGACACUUGCACAAGACUUGAAGAAGCAGGAGAAGCAGCAGCAGCAGCCCGAACAGCAUCAACAGCAGGAGGAACAGCAGCAAAAGCAUCAGCAUCAAAAACAACAGCGGCAGAAGAAGACGCAACAACAGCAGCACCAGCAGCAGGAACAGCACCAGCAGCAGCAGCAGCAUCAGCAACAACAGCAGCAGCAACAACAGCAGCAGCGGCAGAAACAACAACAGCAGCAACAGCAGCAGCAACAGCACCAGCAGCAGCAACAGCAACAACAAGAACGGGGACGGCAGCCAGGCCGGCACCUUGAGCACCUUCGGAAUCUCAUAGAGGCGACACGAAGACACCGCCAGCAGCUAAUCCAGCUCCAGGAGUGGCACAACCAGGAGCUGGAGGAGCAGAGGAGACGUCACCGGCAGGAGAGGAAGGGUCUGGAGCGGCGCCUCGGCUGUCGGUGGAACAAGCAGGAGCGGCGCCACGGAAAGUGACCGACGAUAUCAGCGGAGUCGCGGACCAUUCCGAGGAGGCGCCACUACGAAGAACAUGUCGAGGAACAGAUAUAUGCUUACAGUGUCAGACAAGUUCAGAAUGUGUCGACUGUGCAGAUAUUUGAAAAAAGAAAAUGAAAACAUUCACAAAUAAUAUGGUAUAUCAUUGCCGUUUCAUUGAGGCCGGGAAGUUACAAAUUAAUAGGUUUUAUACAAAUAGGUAGGUUUUAGAUGAGUUUUGGCAUCAUUAUGUACAAAAUGGGCAUGUUUGAUGUUCAUCAUGUGUAAAUAGUUGUAUACCUAUUCGAUGUGUUACAGGGUGGCCUUUGUUGUUAUACAAGUACAAACUGUUGUUCGAUGAUUUUUAUUGAAAUGGGCUAAGUGAGCAAUUACUGUUGUUAAUAGGCUUUAUGUUUUUAUGAUACAUGUCUUGUGUAAUGUGUUUCCUCGUAUAAGCUAUUAUGCAUUAGGAGGAAUGUACGGAACGGUACAUACAUACACAUCUGUACCGAACCAUUACCUGGUAACCAUGGCGUGUGGUGGCCACUGGAUGUGGUGUAAAUAUAAUAUUAGCCAGGCACGA